AUGGGCAGCACCAUGGAGCCCCCAGGGGGGGGCUACCUGCACCUGGGCGCUGUGACCUCUCCUGUAGGUACCGCGCGGGUGUUGCAGCUGGCCUUCGGCUGUACCACCUUCAGUUUGGUUGCUCACCGAGGUGGUUUUGGUGGUGUCCAGGGCACUUUCUGCAUGGCUGCUUGGGGCUUCUGUUUUGCCCUCUCUGUCCUGGUGGUAGCCUGUGAGUUCACGAGGCUCCACGGCUGCCUGCGCCUUUCUUGGGGCAACUUCACAGCAGCCUUUGCCAUGCUGGCAACCCUGCUGUGUGCCACAGCCGCCGUCAUCUACCCUCUGUACUUUACCCGGCUGGAGUGUCCCCCAGAGCCUGCCGGGUGCAUGGCCAGAAACUUCCGCCUGGCAGCCAGCGUCUUCGCAGGACUCCUCUUCCUGGCCUACGCGGCCGAAGUGGCCCUGACUCGGGCACGGCCUGGUCAGGUAGCCAGCUACAUGGCUACGGUGUCUGGGCUCCUCAAGAUCGUCCAAGCCUUUGUGGCCUGUAUCAUCUUUGGGGCCCUUGUCCAUGACAGCCGCUACGGGCGCUACAUGGCCACACAGUGGUGCGUGGCCGUCUACAGCCUGUGCUUCAUGGCCACGGUGGCUGUGGUGGCCCUGAGCGUGAUGGGACACACAGGGGGCUUGGGAUGCCCAUUUGACCGCCUAGUGGUAGUGUACACCUUCCUGGCUGUGCUCCUGUACCUCAGUGCCGCAGUCAUCUGGCCGGUCUUCUGCUUUGACCCUAAGUACGGAGAGCCAGGACGGCCCCCUGACUGCCUCCGAGGCAGCUGUCCCUGGGACAGCCAGUUGGUGGUGGCUAUUUUCACCUACGUCAACCUGCUCCUUUACAUCGUCGACCUCGCCUACUCCCAGAGGAUCCGUUUCGUGCCUGCCUUGUAG